UCUGAGCAAGAAUCAUCACCCAAGCCGAUGCCAAGAUCAACUCCGCUGCAACAACCACGAAAGGAAUUGAAUACAGCAUCGACACCACUUUCCAAUGAGGAUUCACAAGAAUCGCAGCCACAGAAAGAGGAUCAGCGGCCAGAAGAGAGGCCACCCCUACCUGAGCUGCCACCGCCUCUACCACCGAAACCACGACAUACAACACACAAAGUGGAUGGCGAGGAUAUCAUUCAAGUACAAGGAAAAACCGAAACGACGACGACGGUGCGAGUAGCUGAACAUCUGCUCAACGAUCUUGAUGCGGUUCUUGACAAAGAGGAGUUCCCACCUGGAUCAAAAGAAAGAUUGGAGAUAGUUGCGAAGAAUAUCCAACGUCAGUUUGAGAAGAAAAAACCUUCUCAUCCUCCAAUCCCUUUCCUACAUAAUGAAGAGAGCAACAGUCAACAACAAGGUCAGGUCCCAGAAAUCAUUUGA